CCUCUCAAUCUCUCCCUCUCCCUCUCCCUCUCCCUCUCCCUCUCUAUCUCUCCCUGUUUCAAAACAAGAAGUCAAGAAAAGUGGUUGAAGGCUAUGGGAGAAGAAGCUGGAGAAGCACAAGAGACACCAUUGUUGUAUGAUCAAGCAACAGAAACUACUCUCGAAAGGACUGGGACGGUAUGGACGGCAGUGGCACAUAUAAUAACGGGAGUGAUAGGGUCGGGCGUACUAUCAUUGGCAUGGAGCAUGGCUCAGUUAGGGUGGAUCGCAGGUCCAUUAACUAUGGUGUGUUUUGCUUUUAUCACCCUUAUCAAUGCGUACCUUCUUUCCAAUUGCUAUCGCUCUCCUCAUCCUGAACUUGGUCCUGCAAGAAAUCCCUCUUUCCUUACUGCUGUUGAUGCAAGCUUAGGAAAAAAGGCUUCUUGGUUGUGUGGACUAUUUGUGGAAAUAAACUUAUAUGGAGUAGGAAUUGCUUAUAAUAUUACAUCUGCUAUCAGCAUGAGGGCAAUUCAGAAAUCAAAUUGCUACCACAAAGAAGGGCAUGAGGCUAGCUGUGAAUAUUCAGACACUUUCUAUAUGCUAAUAUUUGGAGCUGCUCAAAUUAUAAUGUCUCAAAUACCAGACUUCCAUAACAUGCAGUGGCUUUCAUUUGUUGCUGCUGUCAUGUCCUUUGCAUACUCCUCCAUAGGAUUUGCACUUGGCUUUGCAUAUGUUAUAGAGAAUGGAUAUGUUAAGGGUAGCAUUACAGGAGUCUCUGCCUCUAGUGCAUUGGCUAAAUUAUGGAAGAUAUCUCAAGCGCUAGGGGAUAUUGCGUUUGCAUAUCCAUAUGCCUUAAUUAUUUUUGAGAUACAGGAUACCUUAAAAUCACCUCCGCCGGAGAAUGAGACAAUGAGGAAGGCCUCUACCAUAGCAAUCGCUGUGACAACAUUUUUCAAUCUGUGUUGUGGUUUUUAGGUUUUUGGGAUAGCAGCUUUUGGAGAAGAUACACCUGGAACAUCUCUUGAAACAGGAUUUGGUUUUAUCGAACCAUAUUGGCUUAUUGACUUCGCUAAUGCUUGCAUACGGUGCUUCAUCUACCAUUGUUAUUGUCUUUGGCAGGUUUACACUCAGCCAGUAUUUGCAACGAUUGAAAAAUGGUUUGCAGAGAGAUACCCAGACAACAUAUUUAUCAACAGGAAUUUCAGCUUGAAACUCCUGUUGUUGAGGUUGUUGCCAGCUUUCAAAUUAAACCUCUUCAGGAUGUGUUUCAGAACAAUAUAUGUAAUGUCAACAACUGCGAUUUCGAUGAUCUUUCCUUACUUCAACCAGGUGAUAGGAUUGUUAGGAGCCUUAAAUUUUUGGCCUUUAACAAUAUAUUUUCCUGUGGAGAUGUAUUGCAGGCAGAGAAAUAUUGAAGCUUGGACAAUCAAGUGGAUUAUGCUCCAAGCUUUUAGUAUUGGGGUCUUUUUUCUAGCAGCAUUUGCGUUGGUUGGAUGCGUUGAAGGGCUUAUAAGUGCAAAAUUAAGCUAAGUAUCAUUCGCAUGAUGACUGUUGUUUGGAAGGAAAGAAAAAUUGCAUAGCUGAAU